AUGGCACGCUCCGGUGGCCCGGUGAUUCUUCCACUCCCACUGCUCUCCCUUUUCCUCCUCGUCUCUGCCUGCGUCGCUCAACCCCCACCCAAAUUCCGGUGCACUUCCAAGUCCAAGUGCCAGGCCUUGGUCGGCUACGUACCCCCAAGGGAGACCACCUAUGAGGCCAUCAGGGGCCUCUUCGAGGUGGGUUCCAUCUACGACCUUUACGGAGCCAACGGCCUCAACGAAACCACCCCAACCUCGACCAAGGUCCCCGCCAACACCACCGUCCGGAUCCCCUUCACCUGCACCUGCAGAAAUGGGACCGGCGUCUCCGACAGGCGGCCGGUCUUUGCUGUGAGGAAUGGUGACUCCCUACAGGCAAUCGCCCAGGAGAUCUUCGGCGGGUUGGUGACCUACCAGCAGAUCGCCGCCGCGAACAGCAUAGGGAACACUUCCCUGAUCAACGCGGGGCAGAGGCUGUACAUCCCUCUCCCCUGCAACUGCGAUGAAGAUAGCUAUAACACGAUUCACCUCGCCCACAUAGUGAAGGCGGGGAGUACCCUGGCGGAGGUCUCCAGCGAGUUCUGGGCGUCGCAGGCGUCGCUUAUCAGCCUCAAUAACAUAUCCGAUCCCAAGAACCUGCUCGCGGGCCAAGUCCUCGACGUGCCCCUAAGCGGUAAUUGUCAUCUCUCUGGCUUCUUCUCUCUCAAAAGUUUCUUCCCUACUAACUAAAAUCCUGACGGCUCACUCAAUGAGAACUGCGGCGGCAGCUUGCGGCUUGUUCUCAGUCCGCCCCAAUUCCCCCGACUUUGGCCUGCUUGUCCCCAACGGUAGCUACGUCUUGACUGCCGGCAAUUGCAUCAAGUGCAUCUGCAACCGCCCAGCGGCGGAGUGAGAACUUCUCCCCACCCCUCCCCCCACCCAAACAAGCCCUCGCGCCUUUGUUCAUGUUUACUUUACAUAUCGGACAAGUGACCAUUCCGUGUGUACUUCUUUAGGAUGAUCUGUUUCGAUUCUCCAGCAUCAGUCGACGAUGUUAGUAGAGGAUGCAACAGACAGCGCUGCUACUCAGAGGACUAUCCCGGCGGUGAGCUCGAGUUUGGAACCCUUUACGUAUCCUCAUGUACGGCUACCCAGUGCCUCUACGCCGGCUACGACGACCGAGAAAUCUUGACUGAUACCAUGACCAGACGACGUACCAAAUGCGGUAAGCUACACAACUCCGGGCCGGUUACGGCUGUUGCUCUGGUUUCUCUUUUACUUGAACACGGUUGCCCAAGUCGGCGGCGCGUCAACCUAAUUCUUCCUCCUCUAUCCGGUCUCGGCUUUGGGAAGAUAUACACGAUUCGCCUGGACGGUCGGGAGCGCGAUCCGUGA